AUGGCGGCCCCCCAGUCCAAGUACGAUGACUACGAUUUCCCGACCACCGCGCCGGAAGCCCAGCCCGGCCACCCUGGCCACACCACCCCGGAGCAGGAUGCGAAGGUAGAGCAGCUCCGGGCCGAGCUGGAACAACUUGGCUACACCGAGAGGCUGGAUACUCUGACGCUGUUGCGUUUCCUGAGAGCCCGGAAGUUUGAUGUCGCUGCUGCCAAGACCAUGUUCGUCGACUGCGAGAAGUGGCGGAAAGAGUUCGGUACUGAUGAGCUGGUCCGCACUUUCGAGUACCCCGAGAAGGCUAAGGUCUUCGAAUACUACCCUCAGUACUACCACAAGACGGACAAGGAUGGCCGUCCUGUCUACAUCGAGAAGUUGGGCAAGAUUGACCUCAAUGCCAUGUACAAGAUCACCACCGGCGAGCGCAUGCUCCAGAACCUCGUGACCGAGUAUGAGAAGCUUGCCGACCCCCGUCUGCCCGCCUGCUCGCGCAAGGCUGGUAAGCUGCUUGAGACUUGCUGCACCAUCAUGGACCUGAAGGGUGUCGGUAUCACCAGCGUCCCCUCCGUCUACGGCUAUGUCAAGCAGGCGUCUGCCAUCUCCCAGAACUACUACCCCGAGCGUCUGGGCAAGCUUUACCUGAUCAACGCCCCCUGGGGCUUCAGCAGCGUGUUCAGCGUGGUCAAGGGCUUCCUUGAUCCGGUGACCGUGAACAAGAUCCACGUCCUCGGCUCCAACUACAAGAAGGAGCUGCUGGCUCAGGUCCCCGCUGAGAACCUCCCUGUUGAGUUCGGCGGUACCUGCACGUGCGCCGGAGGCUGCGAGCUUAGCGACAUGGGCCCGUGGCAGGAGUCUGAGUGGGCCAAGACCCCCAAGUGGGCUGCCCCGAAGGAGCCUGCUGCUGAGGCUCCUGCUGAGGCUGCUGCUGAGGCUGCUGCGGAGAAGGAGGCUGAGGCUCAGGCCACCGCAUAG